AUGGACUCUUCAUAUAUAGCAGAAAAUUCUCCCGAUUUCCCACCUCUCGGUCGUACAAGUCUACUAUCUAUAUUGAACGUUUGUAAAGCGUCAACCCGUCACAGUCUGCAGGGUGUCAAUUAUUUUGUCGCCAAUGCGGGCGAGGCAUUUGAUGAUUUAACAGAAUUAGUAGAAGGUUUAAGACUUGACAUAAACACCAAAAGAUCAAUAACUGCUAAUUUAAAACGUACAAGAAUGUAUUUGAAAUCGGACUAUAAAUUGCACAGCAGCAAAUCUUCUACCGAGAGCUACAGAGAAUCACAAGAAAAUGUUUUCGGCAAACGUGGCCUCAGCCGGCAUAUCACAGUUGUUUGUGAAAAAGUAGAUGCUCCACAACAGAGAGCAACAAAAGAUGUAGUAGACAAAGAUGAUGACGAUAACGAAACAGGCAGCGAAAAUUCACUCGAAAGUGACGAAGAAAAUAAAGAUGAAUCGCUAAUAGUAUAUAGAAAUAAGAUAUUUGUACAUGCAAUUGAACACUGUACACAAGAUUCUGAAGUUGUCACUGCCAUUCUUUAUGAUGUUUUAACAAAAGUCAAACAAGAUAAUCCAAUGAUUAAUCGUGCAUUCGUUCGUUCAGAUAACGCCGGAUGCUACCAUUCGGCAUCGACAAUCUUAUCUGUUCCACAAAUAUCGAAGGAAACUAAAAUAAAUAUUGAACGUGUCGAUUUUUCCGAUCCUCAGGGAGGAAAAUCAGUCUGCGACAGAUAUGCUGCAGUAAUCAAAGCAGAUGUUCGUCGAUAUGUGAACGAGAAGCAUAAUGUGACAAAUGCCCCGAAUUUAUUGAAGCUUGUCAUUCAGAUGGUGUCAAAGGUUGAACGUAUUUCAAUGAAAGAUCAAGCCAUGCAAAUGUAUCAUUCAAAAUUAGAAACAAUUGGUGAUCGCCGUAUGAUAUCACUUUCAUUAGAAGUUGAUUCUACGGAUAAUUGGGAAAUUUGGGAAAUUUUAUUUCACACCGAAAGACACUACCGUGAAAAACCACAGCAGAAUAUGGAAGUAGACGAUGAAGACGAUGAGCAGUUUGAAGAUGACCAGGCAUUUAUGGAAGUGUCACGUCGAUAUAAACUGAAAGAUGCUGCAGGUGUAUCCAAUCCAGCAACCACGAUAGUUCCGCACACACCACAGAAUCGUCCAACAUCUCCAGAUAAACGUCUCGGAUCAACUCCUGAUGUUAGAUCACCGAAUAAAACACGUCAGUCAGAAAUGAACAGCAAGAAGGACUGA